AUAACGGCUGGCCAGGACAGGUGUAGACUGAAGAUGAACAACAUGAGAUCAUCGCUCCAGCUUGCCGCUGUAUUGCUCUGCGUGCUGUGUGCGGCACACGUUCAGGCUCAGGAGAAGAGAAACUCGCUGAGGCUCUGUGGCCGGGCCCUGGUGCGAGCUUUGGUGUUCACCUGUGGGGCGUCCAGAUGGAGAAGACAGCUGGAGGAGACGGGGUUCCUGCCAGACGUUUUUUGGGCAGAAAACCAAGAAGAGACAGACUUCCUGAAGGCAAGUGAUGCUCCAGUGGAUUAUCAUCGGAGGGACCAGGACCAAGCUCUGAUAACAACAUGCUGUCAAAAAGGCUGCAGAAGAAGUGAGCUGUCCAUGCUGUGCUAGAG